AGCCAUUCUGGUCUAGGCACAUGGGCCAAGUAGUGCGCGGCUCGUGCUUGCCGCCUGGGCACCACUCUGACAGCAGAUGCCCGUGCUCGUGGAGAUGUUUCAAGAUGGCGAGGCUGCCUUCGCCGACCCGGUCAAGGGCAAGACGGCACGCCCCAGCUCCCCCGGAGAAAGCUCGUUCCCUACGCGGUGCCCGUCGUCGGAGCUAUUGACCUUCGAUCGGUGCGAUGGCGACCACGACCGCGACACCGCCGUGCCGCAGAAGGGCGGCGACGAGCCAGAGCCCCUCGAGCAGGCGUUCCUCGAGCCAGUCAAGUACCCCCCCAGGAGGUGGGCCGCGAUGGCAGCGCAGAAGGAGGCCCCCCCCCGGCGCCUCCGGUCCGAAGCGUAUUGGGAGCAGCAGACCACGCUCGGCCAGCGGACGAGGUGCACGCCUUGGGGGACGGGCGUCAGGCAGCGCAGCGCUUCCUUCGAGGAGGACUUCCCCGGAACGGCGGCGGUCGCGGUGCCCGCGCUGGAAGAUGCCGAGGGCGACGACGAGGACGCCGCGGAGGGCUGCGCUGCCGAGGGCGCCGCGUGCUGGGCGGGCGCCGUCUCCCGGGUGCUGCGCCACAGGGUGCGCGGGCCAGCGCCGAGGCCCCGAGCGCCCGCGGCCGGCCCCCCGCCGUCGCGCGGCCGCUCGUGCAGCGUCGCCUGAGGUUCUGCCACGCAGGGAGCCCCCAGGCGAGGUGAUCGCCGUGCCUUGGCGAGGGCCUGGUCGCGGACCGAGCGACCACGGCAGCGGGGUUAUAUGAGCUACUGUGAUGGUCAGCAGCAUACCUGAUCUGCGGGUGCCUGGUCGCGAGCAAAGUGGCUGCGGCAAUUGGCGACACCAGCAGUUUCUCUCAGGGUCAGCAGCCGAUCUUACAAGAGAGUGCGCA